UCACCCAAUCCCUGCUUCCUCAACUCUUAGGACAGUGCUUAAUAUGCGUAAAAAGGAACAGGCAGGCUAUAUAAAUAGUGUGAGCGACAUCCCAGAGCUGCAGAAAGCUUUUGUAAGAUCUAACCUUUCCAAUUAUACACCAGCUCCCUAGUGCGUUAAAAAAGAAGAGAAAAGACAACCAAUAUCAUCUUACUUUUUCUCAUUCAUUUUCUCAUUUUAAUUGAUUUCAAAAGCUUAAAAAAGAAGAAAGUGUGAUACAUUUAAAAAGACUGUUUCUUCUUCUUGUCCUUUGCUGUUGUUAACUGUUUGUUUGCCAUGGCAGAGCCAAGCAGGAUUUUCCCUCGCCCCCUGUUUCGACGGGACUGGAACUGGGACCCUUUUCUGGACUGGGCACAGCCGACCUGCAUUUUUGACCAAGAUUUCAGGAUGCCCCUUUCCCUGGAGGAGAAUGACUUAAACUGGGUGGACUGGGCGACGAGGCGUCUCUCUUCCUCCUGGCCAGGGUACCUCCAAUCCCCCAAUUGGGCCCCCUCUCUGGGGAAGCAGCAGACAGUCUGCAGGCAGGGCCUCCAGCGACAGCUGAGCGGAGGAGUGUCCGAGGUGAGAGCUGGACCAGACAGCUGGAAGAUCAGCCUGGAUGUGAACCAUUUCACCCCUGAGGAAAUCACUAUCAAAGCCAAGGGGGGCUAUGUGGAGAUAUCAGGAAAACAUGAAGAAAGGCAGGAUGAACAUGGUUUCGUUUCAAGAUGCUUCACAAGGAAAUAUAAGCUUCCUAUUGGGGUGUCUCCCCAGGCCAUUGCCUCCUCACUCUCCCCCGGAGGGGUUCUCUCAGUGGAUUUCCCUCUCCCCAAGCCUGCUGCUGGGGUCCCGGUGGAGAUUAUCAUCCCUGUACAGGUGGAGAACAAGGCAGAGGCUCUGAAAGAAGAAGAGGAGGACCCUGAGAAAAAACAAGCUUCUCCAGCAGACAGCGAAGAGAAGGGCCCUCCACAACAAGAAGUACCAGCGAGUGAGCCAGUGCCCAGCGACCAGCAAGACCAGCCAGCCCCCAGUGACCAGCAAGCUCCCCAGGCAGCAGAGCAAGAGGUCCAAGAGAAACAGGACGCAGAACAGCCUGAGGAGGUCAAGAGCCAGGCGGGGCAGUUCUGAUUAGAUUUCACACAGCCCAGCUAAGAUCAGUGUAUGAUGCUCUGGGGUGUCUUUACACCGCGCUUGGUAACAUUUACACAGCUUUGCUCCGAAUGUUGAAAAAUAUGCAACAUACUGCAGUGGAGCCAAAGCUAUAGUACUGAUAAAUUGUCUGCAAGUGGCAUUUGGAGUUCAUUUUUUGUGUGCUUAGAUAAUCUAAAUCUCUGCAAUAUUACCAUUAAUAUUAUAAACCUGUAGCUAUGCGACUACAUUUAUUAUUUACAAAUUGUUUUGAGAGUUUUUCUUGCUCUGAUGCUUCACUGUGUUGUAUUUGAAGGCUUGCUCUGAUGCUUCACUAUGUUGUAUUUGAAGACUUGCUCUGAUGCUUCACUGUGUUGUAUUUGAAGACUUGCUCUGAUGCUUCACUGUGUUGUAUUUGAAGGCUUUUUGAAGACAAACACAGUUUGGAUGCCAGUAGUUCUUAUGAAAGCAAUUUUUAAACAGUAUUUGAUUAUGCUUGUCUGCUGUAUGUAUCAAAACAAGCCAUUUCGAUCAA